AGGUUGACAAUAAAGGUGCUAAGAAAGAGAAUGUAAGACAGGAAAAUAAUUAAAUAUUUUUACGGAGUCUCUUCAACAGGCCACAUUUAAGAGGUGUCUCGUACCCCUUGUUGCCAGUGGCUGGAACACGAUGGAUCACACAGGGGCAUUAGACACCGAGGAUGAAUUGGGACCUUUAGCCCAUCUUGCUCCAAGUCCUCAAAGUGAAGCCGUUGCCCACGAAUUCCAGGAACUCUCCUUACAGUCCAGUCAGCACUUACCCCCUCUGAACGAAAGGAAGAAUGUGCUCCAGCUGAGGCUGCAACAAAGGAGGACGAGAGAACAACUAGUGGACCAGGGCAUCAUGCCACCUUUGAAGAGCCCAGCGGCAUUCCAUGAGCAGAUAAAAAGCUUGGAACGAGCCAGAACUGAAAACUUUUUGAAACACAAGAUUCGGAGCCGACCAGAUCGUUCUGAACUUGUCAGGAUGCACAUUUUAGAAGAAACAUUUGCAGAGCCAUCCCUGCAGGCUACUCAGAUGAAGUUGAAAAGAGCUCGACUAGCUGAUGAUCUGAAUGAAAAGAUUGCUCAAAGACCUGGUCCUAUGGAGCUGGUGGAGAAAAACAUCCUUCCUGUAGACUCCAGUGUUAAGGAAGCAAUUAUAGGCGUUGGGAAGGAGGACUAUCCCCAAACUCAGGGCGAUUUCUCAUUUGACGAAGACAGCAGUGAUGCUUUGUCUCCAGACCAGCCAGCCAGCCAGGAGUCACAGGGGUCAGCUGCGUCCCCAAGUGAGCCAAAAGUUAGUGAAUCGCCAUCUCCUGUGACUGCAAACACUCCAGCCCAGUUUACUUCAGUGUCCCCAGCAGUUCCUGAAUUCUUGAAAACUCCUACUACGGAUCAGCCCCCUACAAGGUCCACAGCUCCUGUCCUCCCCACAAACACUGUGUCCUCAGCAAAGCCUGGGCCAGCACUGGUAAAGCAAAGCCAUCCCAAGAAUCCGAAUGACAAACACCGUAGCAAAAAGUGCAAAGAUCCCAAACCCCGGGUAAAGAAGUUGAAGUACCACCAGUACAUUCCACCAGAUCAGAAAGGUGAGAAGAAUGAGCCGCAGAUGGACUCCAACUACGCCCGCCUGCUCCAGCAGCAGCAGCUGUUCCUGCAGCUACAGAUCCUGAGCCAGCAGCAGCAACACUACAACUACCAGACGAUCCUGCCUGCGCCACUCAAGCCACUCAAUGACAAAAAUAACAACAGUGGGAAUUCAGCUUUGAACAAUACCAUACCUAACACACCAAGACAGAAUACAUCUGCUCCUGUGAGAAAGCCAGGACCUCUGCCUUCAAGCUUGGAUGACUUAAAGGUGUCAGAACUGAAGACAGAACUGAAGUUAAGGGGUCUUCCAGUAUCAGGCACCAAACCGGACCUCAUCGAACGCCUGAAACCCUACCAGGAAAUGAACAGCAGUGGUGUUGCUGCUAGUGGCAUCGUGGCAGUGUCAACGUCUGCCAUCGUCACUAGUAACCCAGAAGUCACCAUGGCAUUGCCAGUUACAACACUGCAUAACUCUGUGACUAGCUCAGGCUCCACUUUCAAGGCAGAAUUGCCAUCUGCUGGAACCAGCAACGUAGCCCAUGUUGAAAAUGUUAAUUCCCCUCUGCCAAUCUCGCCGUCUCCCUCUGAACAGUCCAGUCUCAGUACCGAGGACACAAACAUGACAGACACUUUCACCGAGAUUAUGACCAUGAUGUCUCCUUCACAGUUCUUGUGCUCAUCUCCCUUGAGAGUGGCAAAUAGUGAAGACAGCCUAAGUCCCACCAGCAGCACUCUGUCAAAUCUGGAACUGGACGCAGCUGAGAAGGAUCGCAAGCUUCAGGAGAAAGAGAAGCAGAUUGAAGAGCUAAAGAGGAAACUGGAACAAGAGCAGAAGCUUGUGGAAGUUCUGAAAAUGCAACUUGAGGUUGAAAAACGAGGGCAGCAGCAGCGGCCACUGGAAUCCCAGCCCAGCACGCCAGCUAAUUCUGCCAAGAAGUUAGACCAGAAACACGGCAGUGUAGGUUCCUCCGUCAAAGACGAGACCUCGCUCACUGACUGCUCCAGCUCCAGGCAGCCCGUCCCAGUAGCCAGCCAUUCUGUAGGCCAGCCUGUCUCUACUGGUGGCCAGACCCUUGUUGCCAAAAAGGCUGUAGUGAUCAAGCAAGAGGUCCCUGUGGUCCAGGCAGAGCCGCAGAGCAUCGUCCCGCAGUUUUAUACUCCACCGCAAGCAGGAAUUCAGACUCAGCCUCAGAUAGCAACUGCUGCUUUGUCCUCAGGCUUGGCCCAGACUGUACCUCAGAAACAAGACACUUUCACGCCACAUGUGCUCAGUCCAUCUCAGCAAGUCAGAAAGGUUUUCACAAACUCGGCAUCAAACACAGUUCUUCCGUAUCAGAGACCACCUGCUCCAGCAGUCCCACAGCCCUUUAUUAAUAAGACAUCCAACAGCCUUCCUCAAUCCAGAAAUGCACCGCUUCCAUCCCUGCAAAACGGACCUAACACUCCCAACAAGCCUGGGUCGCCCCCUCCACCCCAACAGUUUGUCGUCCAGCACUCUCUCUUUGGGAGCCCAGUCCCCAAGACAAAAGACCCUCCCCGCUAUGAGGAGGCCAUCAAGCAGACGCGCAGCGUCCAGUCCUCCCUUCCAGAGAUUUCCACUGCACACAGUCAGCAGAUGGAUGACCUCUUUGAUAUUCUCAUUAAGAGUGGAGAGAUUUCCCUCCCUAUAAAAGAAGAGCCUUCUCCUAUUUCCAAAAUGAGACCAGUGACAGCCAGCAUCACCACAAUGCCAGUCAACACAGUGGUGUCCCGGCCACCACCCCAAGUCCAAAUGGCACCACCCAUAUCCUUAGAACCUAUGAGCAGUUUAUCUGCCAGCUUAGAGAACCAACUAGAAGCUUUCUUGGAUGGAACUUUACCUUCAGCCAAUGAAGUUGCUCCACUACAAAGCAGCAGUGAAGAUAGAGAGCCCUUCUCUCUAAUUGAGGAUCUCCAGAAUGAUCUGCUGAGUCACUCAAGUGUGCUGGACCAUUCACACUCACCCAUGGAAACUUCCGAGGCCCAGUUUGCUGCAAGUACUCCCUGUCUGUCACUUGACCUUUCUGACUCAAACUUGGACAACAUGGAGUGGUUAGACAUUACUAUGCCUAACUCGUCGUCAGGACUCACUCCUCUCGGCACCACUGCUCCAAGUAUGUUCUCUGCUGACUUUCUGGAUCCCCAAGACCUCCCGUUGCCAUGGGACUAACAACACAGAUUUCUUGUCUCAGAGUUCAUGAAGUUUAAGAUGAUGACGAUGAUUCUAAAAGGUCAGUUUUUAGGGACAGAUCCUUAGUUGCAUCGUUGCAGUUAAAAUAUGUUGUCACAGAAAGAAUGGAUAGACAGUCAUAGCCUGGAAACCAAGUUUGAAAACACUUCAUUGCAUCCAGCAGUGAAUGUCUACAAUUUAACAUAGCACAGGGCCUUCUGAAAGAUCUGUAGUCAAAGACUCAUGUGUUUCUCCAGACUUCAGUAAAGAAUGAAAAGUACCUUUAGAUAAAAACAUAAAGAAGAGUAGUGUGUGCAGGAUAGCGACGUGAGGAUUCUCUGGUAAUCGACUACAUGUAACCGCUGUGGUCGCUUUAGACCUAGAAUAAAAGAGUGCCGGUGUGAGGGAGGUGAGGUCACUGCACGUGGUAUUUCCUGGACAUGGCCUGAGCCUGGCCCAAGAUGCAGCAGGGGUCAGAGGCAGUGGAGAGCGCCAGCAGGAUCAGUGACAGCUUCAGCUGGAGACUUUUGGUUCCAUUCAGAAACUAAUAUAAUCUUUUUGUGUUGUAGUUUAUUUUGUGAUUUUUGGAAUCUUACUUUAGAUUUCCAAAUUUAAAUUUAAAUGGAAGAUCUUUCACCAAACCAGACCAUGUCUACAAAAUACUGUCAUAAACAAUCCACUGUAAAAAGUCCAGGUAUAUUGAUAACACUGAAAAUUCUACUAGCAGUCCUCUGGGUUGAUUAGAUUGAGUUUAAUGUGUAUAUUAGGCAUUUGUAUGUACACUCUGACAUUGUGAUUUGUACGGCCUAUACUGGGGUAAGGAAUUGGGUAUCCAGUGGUCUUGCUUUUUAAUAACUCGAAUAUUUCUAGAGUACUUGAGCCACAUGUAUUUCUGUAUUUAAGGAAUUGCUGACUAACUUUCAGGUAACCAGACCCAUCUCAAAGAACCAAGAAAAGGCUUUAGCAUAAAAUUUCUUUCUGAGCUGGUGAGUUGCAAAGAGAAAGCAGAGGAGAAGUCUGUCAUCAACCCAGGACGUUCCCAUGUGGUUACAGGUUAGACCAUGUUGCCAGGUUGGCGCCUGAUCCCAGCUCUGGCUGUCUACUCCUCUGUCGCUUAUCCCUGGUUGUCGCUUUACAGGCUUGUAACUGGAUGUCAUACCCAAGCGCUCACUAUAUUAGCAAGCUGAGGACUGAAAAACUGGAGGUUUUAUUAAUAAUUUUUUGUUAUAGAAAAAAAGUUGUCACACAUUUGUUGAGUAGUUUAAGAAUUUUCUUAAUGCCAACUAUCACAGGAUUUCCAAAAUUAUUUCAAGCUAGUUGUUUAAGUAUAUGACAAAAUGUAAAUAACUGAAAAAAACCCUCAAGUCUACCAAAAAGCAUGGAGGUUUUUACUAGAUAAUAUUAUCAUGCUCUCCCGCUCCCCUUGUGUAAACCUAGGGUUGGGUUAACUUCUCUGGGUCAUUAAAUGGUGAAUGUUCCCACAGUGACAUGAAAAAGGCAACCUGACCCAUGAUUUGGAAGGGAUUUAUGAAUCAUUUCUGGGUUUGUGUUUUGCCUAAGAGCUGAUCUUAUUUCAGAUUUUUAUUUCGGUUUGUAAAUUUUACAUGUAAGAAAAGUCUGUUUUUCCAGUAUUCGGUCACCCAUAACACUGGAGCCGUCUAACUGGCACUUCCCAACUUGAAAGAGCUUCUGAAUGGCUCAGGGCAGAGGCGGCCACGCUCAGUAUGGUCUCUAGUGAGUAGCUGAAGUGUUUGGAAAUUGGUGGUCCAACAGUAACUCUCUGUUAACCACUACGCCGCCGUCUGACCAAGCCCAACAAGAGAGUUUACCGUCUUGGCCAUGAUGUGCAUCCCUGAGUCAGUUCCUUUCAGAGCGCCUGUCUCCAGGGGCCGGGCUAUUUACUUGGGAAGGUACUUUUCUUAGGGAAGGUCUUGGCCAUGGGUUUAUGUCUGGGGCUUAUCUGGUCCAUACUUAGACUCUGAGCAUCAUCUUCAUUCAGAUUUAAAUGGCUUAUUAAAUUAGCACUAUAUAUCAGUGGGACUGUAGGAGGCAACUGAACAGCUAGUGCUGUUGACUCUUGUUGCAUAACUUUCUAUUUCCAUCAUCCCAAGUUGUGUACAUAGGUCGUUUCUAGCCCUCAACUCCCUUGUUGCUUUUUUAAAAUAAGGUUUGAAACAUGCCACAGGAAGGUUGCUCUCCAAAAACACACACUGCCAUGCAAAGAAUGCCAUCUUAUUAGCCUGCUCUCUUUUGACUAUGACUUGUGAAAGUGCCCACUUCACGUAUGUGUUCAAACCUUUCUGUACCAGCAUUUCCUUUAAAAGGAAGGCACGGAGUCUCUACUUAUUAACUCUACCAGCCACCCACUCGCACCAUUCCGCUGGGCCCUCCUGCCCUGGCUUGAGCAGCAAGCCGGGCAUCUGUGACAUCGAAGCUGCUCUCCAGGGUCCCAGCUACGUGUUCCAGGUUAGAGUGAGAACACAGACCGUGUACAGCAUGUGACGUGACCAAAGAUGACGCUCUGUAAUCAAAGCCCCUCUGACCUAACUCGGUGUACAUAAUGGUAAGUGCAAUGGAAAAGGUGUGUGUUUACUAAAGAGGACUAUUUUUAUUGUUUGAGGUAAGUUUCACAGCCAUUAAAGCACAGGUCAGAAUAGCCAGUUGGAUUUUCAGUACGCAUGUGUGUAGUUUAGAAGUGGUAUUGUUGUAUUACGUCAUCUUGCAGAAUAUCAUAUUGCCAAGAAAACAACUAACUCCUAGAAACAUAUUAUCUCACAUCCAGUCUUAUUUCCCUAAAUAUUCCUGAAACACAGUCAUAUCAAGCUUACCUUUCCAGUAUGUGUAGAUAUCAGGUCAUGUCACGGGUGGAUGAAUAGAAAGUUACACCAAAGCUUCUACGCAGUCUUUGGAAGUCUAGGAGUGUGUGGUCAUCUUGUACAUUUCAGCAAAGCAUGUACUAGGAAGCCUCUUAGGACAGUGUUAGUGGUUCACGUUCUAGUGUUUUUCCUGAAGUGUGCAAUCUACUGUAUAGUAUUUGCCACAUAUUUGUACAUAGAUGUAUUCUGAAUUUGUGGAGUUUCUUGCUUAGAUACUAUUUGUGUUUGUUUUAUAUGAAUAUUUUUAUAAUACUAAAGAGAGCUUAUUUAAAUUUCCUUUUUAAAACCUGCACGGUUCUGUGAUCCGUGUAACUGACACUUUUGUGAGUGCAGUUUCAGAACAGUGGCAGAGGCCGUCUGGCAUUGCCUCCAAGCUGCCGCCCGUUGAAGGCAGUCCUGGUAAUAAGAUAGGCCACUGAACUGUGCAGUCAGCGGACACUGAGUGAUGUAUCAGGAGCGUGUUACCCAUUUUGUCACCAAAGCUGACUCAGGCUUCCUCUACCCUCAACCCCAGAUCAUUCCAGGCCACAGAGCUUUCUUCAGAGUCCUUUCAGAAUUCCCAGGCUGAAUCCAGCCACAACAGCUGACAAUACAGCUGUCCUUGCAAGUGACAGGACAGUCCCUCUGCUGUCUGCAAACAGACCUGGCCUUAGAGAAGUGGUAAAGCACUUGGGCAGGCUUUCGUCCACACCCUCACGCUGUGUCCGUGGGCCCACCUAGUGGCUAGCCUCACCAGAGCCCCUGCUGUCAGGUGGGGAGUGUGUGGCACCACCAGGGACUUUUUAGAGAACUUGAGAGAGAAUAGCUAUUCAGUGUCUACCAGCAGAGCAACACAGGUCCAUUUACCCGAAUUCACAAAUACCCCUCCGUUUUCUGCCAUCCAUCACUGCAAACAUGAAUCCUGACUACAGGCAGCAGAGCAGAAUACCAAACAAAUUGUCCACUGCCCUGGAGGCCACAAAAUUAGCCUAGAUUAUCAACAAAUGGUAACUGGAAGGUCAGGUUUAUCAAGGAACACAGCUUACAAGUGCAGAAAUGUGUAUUUGGAGAGCAUCCUGACUGCAUUUCAGCUCAUCUGUUAAGUGGUUUCAGUCAAAACUGGAAAAUAGCGAUUGAGAUGUAGUAAUUCUUUUUCCUGGUUCAAACCUUCAGUAACUUGUUCAUUCAACAAUCUUUCUAGGCUGCCUUUUCCUUUGUGAAGUGACUGUCUGCAUGGUAAUAAGCAGGUCGACAUUUUCCACGUUCACCUUUUCUUGCAGUAUUUGAGGAAAUGCAUCGUUGCAAAGGGUUUCUACCUGAAAUCUUGGAUUUGAGGCCUGUCAUUCAAAAAGCUGCACAUGUUUACAAAAGAGCUCUUACCCUCCACGUAAACACAUUGCUCUGUGAAUCACUUUUGGAAAAUGUCACCAUUUUGUGACAACGGGAUGGCAAUCUCAGAUCUACAAGGUGCUGUCUGGAAUCAAAUAAAAUGUCAUUGGCAAUAUCCACACAGGUGUCGUGUUUAACAGAGCUUUGUGCCAACUACUAAGACAAAGCUUGAACCAAGUUCAUCGAAUCACCGAGACUCAGAACAAUUACCUCUCUACAUUAUGCUGUAAGGAAACCUGCUCAUUGGUAAGAGGAGGAAGCAUUUAGAAAAGGGGUUAGUACCUACCAAAAGUACUUCACCUCAACUAACCAAUAGUAAUGCAAACUUGCUUUAAAGGAACCAAAGGCAUUGCCAAGUAUUUGCCAAAAGGAGGCACUUUUUAUUUAAAAUUUGAGACUAUGAGAUCUCAAAAAUGAGUCCCAAAAAGGUAUUAUCCAUUUAAGGUUAUAAUUUUCACAAAGAUGUAGAUAUUUCUCUUGUUUUCAUGUAAAAUAGUAUAGAUUUGUUUUGUUGGCUUAAGAAUAAUACAUAUUUAGUAGUAAUACAAAGUUUUUUCCUUUCUAUGUACAAAUUAGUUUUCUUCUUGCUUGCAGUAGAAAUGCAACGUGAUAGGUGUUUCUCUUCUUAUUUUCAUUGUCACAUUAUGUCUUAGCAUCUCACUUUAUGAAAAAAAGGAGAAAGAUACCAAUCUACAGAGCCCUGCUUAGUAAAGCACUAGUUGAAUAAACAAAAAAUUAUGGCAAUCGGGGGUCCAUUCAUGUAUUGCCUUUAUGUUAUUUUUUAAAAGAAAAACCAUGAUGCCUUUGUAUUUGCUGUUUGCACCCCUGAAAUCAAUUCCAUAUCAUGUUUGAAUGCCAUACAUUUUGCACAUGUACUGUACAUAGGUAAUGCAUACUGUAUUUUUAUAUGUGUGCACAUUUAUCAUCAGAUCUUUUGUACAUAGUGGCAGUAUUGUAGCUGAUCGGGAAAUGUUUGAUAUCUCAGCGAUUUUGCAUUUUUGUGUCUCAAAUAAAAGAAUGUUUUGGUGUACUA